GUGUGUCGUGCUACUGGAAGCUUCUGCAUGUGUCAGGACUCCCGCAAGUCCUUCAAAAUCAUGAAGGCUGUGUCCUAUGUGAUUGAAUACUUUGAUAUGAUUCAAGGAAAUUAGUAUGUUUUAAUUCAUUCAAUUAGUAAAUUUAGCCAUUUUUGUGGUGUAAUUUUAAAUAUUAGCAAUUUAAAUCUGGUAUUUUGAGGCCCACAUUCUAAUCGACCCCGCGCAGUGUGCAACAGUGAUCAACAUUUUUGCCUCUUUUAUUUGAUGUGUUGCGUAACAAACCACUAACUGUUAGUGUUUGCGUCAUGUUGAUUUGGUGCGUCUGGGGCCUAACCCAUGAAUCGACCAAGAAAAUAAUGCUUAGUUGAAGUACAUAAUGUACAUGUAAGACUCAUUUUGAGUGAAGUUUUAUUUGGGGAACGGUAGGGGUGACAAAAGCUCUCUCAAGAUUAAAACGUGACAAGAUUCCUCAUUUACCACAAUACAUGAAAAUGAACACCAUCAUUUUGCUGGCCUCAAUACAUUGCCAUGUGCAUGCAUGGCUGGCAGGAAGAGAGUUCACUCUGUGCAUUGCUUUCAGCACCUUGGCGCGUUUGUUCCGUAGAAUGGCAUGAACAGAAAUUCAUCUAUUUUUUUUUUGUUUUCAAAAAGCGAUGAACUUCAAAGAAUAAAGUCAACUUUUUUUUUUUUAAGUUGUCAUCUUUCAAAGAGACAUAUUUAAAGAUUUUAGAAAAAAAUGUGUGUAACUUGCAAGAAUAAAGUCUGUUUUUAUGUUGUUUUGUAAAUUUUUUUCAUUUUUGUUUUUUUAGAAAAAAGUAAUAAACUUAAGACAAUAAAGUCUUAAGUUGUAAUCUUACAAAGAGUUUUAAGUGUAUAUAUAUAUAUAUAUAUAUUUUCAUAUGAAUUCAUCUAUUUGAGAGAGAAAAAAAGAAUAUUAUUGAGAAAAAUGUAUAAAUUAAAUCAGACUUUUUUGAGCGUUUGGCUACCGCAUCAAUGUUGCACAGUCUUUGGGGGGUUUUUUUAUGUACUUGUGAAUUUUUUUUGGCAAUAUUGUGCAGAAAACAUAAUGAUAAGAUUAGAGGUGCACGAUAACUAUCAGACCGAUAUGAGGGAAUUAUGAUGUGAUACCAAUAAGUCCGAAAACAGAAAAAAUAGCUCAGAUAACCGAUACUUAACAAAACACUCCAAUGAGGUGAGAUUACCUGUAUUGUGCGGGUGAGCAAAUUAAGCACUCCUUUUUUCCUCCUGCCUGUGACACUAACGGCCUGUCCUUGUAAACAAACAUUCACUUUAAGAGGAAGAACGUUGUGCCAAAUGCUCUGCAAUGAGGGUGAUAACCCCAAAGAGCACACACAAAACCUUAUCAGUCACCUAAUUUUCUUGGGAGAAUGAACAGAAUAAGAAUUUCAUUGCAUAGUAUAACUGCCUGUUUUACUAUGCAUAUGACAAUAAAACUCUUGAAUUUUGAAUCUUGAAACAGCGUUUGAAAAGUGCAAAAGAUUUGCCAGAGACCUCCGUGGCGUCACACCAGCCGCUCAGAGCGUGUGCCCGAAUACAGUGCACCUUGCUGGGCCACAGCAGGUGGCUCCUCCCCCUCUAUACUCUGGUUCUCCUGAUAGUAGUGAUGUCAUGAUAUUUCAACGGGUACCCUUGGUCACAUCCUCGUUUGUUCCAGUCCUUCUUACCUCCACGUGUGCACACGCUACACUUACAUCUAAAUAAAAGUAGAUACAAAAAGUUAUUGGUUAUUGGUAUGAUAUCAGUCUUGAGAAGCAGAAAGUUCUCUGUAUGGGUUUGAUAAAAAGAGAUAUGGCGCAUGUUUAGAUAAGAUACUGCGUGUGGAUGUUAAGUGGGCUUUCAAGGCUGGUACACUGGUGGUCUCCAGUCUGACUUUCCCUGUCUGCUGCGAGCGUAACGUCGUAGUGCUUUUUAUUGUUGCUGUUGUCGUUUUGUUUUUAGUUUUUUUGCAUAGCACAGUUGCGUUUUUUGCAACGCUCGUUAAAAGCUGGCCAAACAUUCUAUGACCUGUUUGGGCUAUUUAUACAGCUUUCUGCACACGGGCCGCUCUCAGCUGUCAGUAAUUUGCACCUGUGGGAGCACUUGGGAAGAAAUGCUGGAUGAUGGGAGGGAGGGCGUGCACACACUCAACAUCCCAACUUAAAAAAAAAAAAGCUUUAAAGUUGGCACGUAAAAGCCGCUCGGCUUAUGUACACGAGAACAUACACACACACACACACACACACCUUUCACUUAAAAAUGUACAAUAUGUGUAUGUGUGUGUCUCCUCCCAGUGACUGCCAGCCUAUUUUAAGCAAGCGACAAAAGGUCCACUUAGAUUUGGUUGGCUGGAAAGUGGACCUGCUCACAGAGCGCUUCUUGUUAGCCCAGGCUCCUCCUCCUCCUACACCCCGCCUCAAAGUGCCCAGCUCAGCAAAUAUUUGAAAGUUUGCAAGUUAAUCAUAAGGCCGAGCUGCUCCUCUCCAAACAGAGAGGGGGCGGGACCAGAGAGAGAGAGUGAGUGAGUGAGUGAGUGAGUGAGUGAGUGAGUGAGUGAGUGAGUGAGUGAGUGUGAGGGAGAGAGAAGAGAGAGAAGAGAGAGAGAGAGAGAGAGAGAGAGAGAGUGUGUGUGUAGCGCCCAUGCAGCUUGCAACACAGCAGCUAAUCAUUAGCUGUUAGUGCUGUGCAGCAUCUGACACGCACGUUGGCACGCCGCACCUGCCCUCACACGGAGAGGAUUACCUGGAUUCUACCAGGAGAAGCACAUGGAGCACAAGCCGUGGAUUUAACUUUUUUUUUUUUUUUUUUUUUUACUUUGAAAAGGGAAGCGACAAAGAGGAUGCACAACUUGCAACCUCUGCCUCCAAAGCCGCCCAAACCCACCCCCGCCAGUAGCAACGGUCUAAACAACAGCAUGGCGCUGCAGGACGCCGAGUGGUACUGGGGGGACAUCUCCCGGGAGGAGGUGAACGAGAAGCUGCGGGACACUGCCGACGGUACCUUUCUGGUGCGGGACGCCUCCACCAAGAUGCACGGCGACUACACACUCACGCUGAGGAAAGGAGGAAACAACAAGCUGAUUAAGAUAUUCCACCGGGACGGGAAGUACGGCUUCUCGGACCCGCUGACCUUCAGCUCCGUGGUGGAGCUCAUCAACCACUACCGCAACGAGUCGCUGGCGCAGUACAACCCCAAGCUGGACGUCAAGCUGCUCUACCCGGUCUCCAAGCACCAGCAGGAUCAGGUGGUGAAGGAGGACAACAUUGAAGCGGUGGGGAGGAAGCUGUGCGAGUACCACCAGCAGUACCAGGAGAAGAACAAGGAGUACGAUCGCCUCUACGAAGAAUACACCAGAACCUCGCAGGAGAUCCAAAUGAAGAGGACCGCCAUCGAGGCUUUCAACGAAACCAUCAAGAUCUUUGAGGAGCAGUGUCAGACGCAGGAGCGCUACAGCAAAGAAUACAUCGAGAAGUUCAGGAGGGAAGGCAACGACAAGGAGAUCCAGAGGAUUGUGGGAAACUACGAGAAGCUCAAGUCCAGGAUAAGCGAGAUCGUGGACAGCAAGAGUCGCCUGGAGGAGGACCUGAAGAAGCAAGCGGCCGACUACAGGGAGAUCGACAAGAGGAUGAACAGCAUCAAGCCAGACCUCAUCCAGCUCCGCAAGACCAGAGACCAGUACCUCAUGUGGCUCACCCAGAAGGGAGUCAGACAGAAGAAGCUCAACGAGUGGCUCGGAAUCAAGAACGACAACACGGAAGAUCAGUAUUCCAUGGUGGACGACGACGAGGACCUGCCUCAUCACGACGAGCGAUCCUGGAAGCUGGGCAACAUGAAGCGCCUCCAGGCCGAAGCCCUCCUCCAGAGCAAGCGAGACGGAACAUUCCUGGUGCGGGAGAGCAGCAAGGCUGGAUGCUACGCCUGCAGCGUCGUCGUGGACGGCGAGGUGAAGCACUGCGUCAUCAACAAGACGCAGUCGGGUUUUGGUUUCGCCGAGCCGUACAACCUGUACGGCUCCCUGAAAGAACUGGUCCUUCACUACCAGCACACGUCUCUGGUGCAGCACAACGACUCUCUGAAUGUGACGCUGGCGUACCCCGUCUACGCACAGCAGAAGCGGUGAGCGAGGGCGUGAGGACGCGGGAAGGCCUCAAGCGGGGGAGACAGAGGCACAUGUCACCGGACUGUGCUGUGGACACCCGGGGAGGGAGAAGGUCUCAGGAGCAGCAGCCUGUCUGAAUGUACUUUUUUUUUUUUUUUUUUAAAUUCUGGGGGGGGGGGGGGAGAAAGCAGGAGCAAAGAUGGCGCUGCUGAGCUCCCCCAGCCGAGGACUUUUGGAGGCCUUUUCCUUUACGGUGCUUGUGGACUCUUCACCAGCCCCUGUGUCUCUCACGACGGAAACCCGCCUUUUCUUUGCUCCCCCUCACCCCGUCCAUGUGACCAAAUCUCAUCGAAUCAGGGACGAGUGUGCUGUCAGGGGGCGGAGUCAGGUACUUGCUGGUGUGAAGUGUAGAAGCGUACACGCGGUUUGUACGCCAAGUUGUAGCAUCAUGGCACUUUACGCUUUUUCUUCUUUGCCCACUCCAGCUAUCAACCACGACAAAACUAAACUCAAUCUGAUCUGCUAUGCAAUUGUUUGUCUGUCUGGUGAUAUAAGCUUCUUUUAUCCUUUAUCACACGCGUCAUCAUGAUAUCAUGAUAUCAUGUGAUAUCAAACAGCAGCUAGGAAGAGAAGAUGCUAUGUUUAUUCUUUUGUUGCUUCAAGCUGAAGUUCUCAGGCAGAACCUUCCAACUAGAAAGCCUUCGUGCAGCGCAGGAAAGAUUUAUUUUCCUAGAAGAUUUCUAUCUAUAGAAAGAAAUAUAAAUGUAAAUCUGAGUCUCUAUGUUCCUUACGCAAGAGGAAGAGUAUAGAAGAGCAGAGUUACUCAAUGAGAGCAUUCAGCUGGUGUUUUUCUGUAUCAGAAAAGGCUGUAACGAGCGCGUCUGUCCACGUCCCAUGUAAAAGAGCUGCAGUCUGAAGUGUUUUAUUUUGGAGCACGGCCAUGCCAACCCCGAGCUUUUGGAUGGAGGCCGCUUCGACUUCAACAACGGGCCGCUCACCUUUCUUAUCGUCACUUUCAGCGUUUGGAACACUUUCCUCGGCUUCAUCCUGCUUUUUCUUUGGCUUAUUUGGAAGUUGUGUUUGAAUUGAGGUUUACAGUUUGAGUGUGGCUUCACACCCCCACACACACGAGAAGAAGAAUCAUUAAAAACAAACACUUGUUUUGGACUAAA